AUCACGUUUUUUUAUUGAGAGAGUGGGAGGGAGAAAGGGGAAUGGAGGAAGGAGAGGGAGUCUCAGACCCGUGGCUGGGAAUCGACAAGCUCUAUCACCUACUCAUGUCUUUCUUCCUCACUUUUCUCUUUUACGCCUUCGCUUCUCUCACACGAUACCGCCGUCACGCUAUUUCCAUCGGAUCACUCCUCUCCCUCUUCGCCGGUGCCGCCAAAGAGGCCGCCGAUCACCUCGGCUACUUCCGCUCUUCUGGGGCUUCUCUCAGGGACGCCCUUGCCAACAUCCUCGGCGUCUGCAUCGCUUCAUUAGCUCUCUCUCUCUUCCCAUUCUCGCUCCGAUCCCCUCCGCCUUCUCACACGCGCGCCCUUUCCCUUGUUUGAUCUCGAUUUAUGAGGUCAACUUUGUCCAUGUUUGUGAAAGGACAUGCUUGAAGUUGAGGUUGAAGAGAAAAGGAAGAAUCCAAAACUUGGGCAAACCAGGAAGUCAUGCAUAUGAGAGGAAGAAGACGAACCACUAAGCUUGUAACCGAUUCCGGUAGACUAAGUGGAAUCGAUACCACAAUGCUAUGCAUGAAGAGCAUAAUCGAAUACGUGAUCUUGUAAUCAAUUCAUGGUUUUUGGAAUCUAAUACAUGGUAUUGCAACCGAUUUCACUGUUUUUGGAAUUGAAUACUGUGGUCUCCCCUUGUCUUUGAUUUAAGCAUAUUAUCUCCCAGUGACUAGUGUGCCUUGCAUAUUGUAAUGUGCCCUACUGAUAUGUUAUACGUGAUUGGACAAAGUAACCAACUAAAAUUUCACAUAUUUACUUCUAUAUGUUCUUCCCCCACUUGCUUUUGUGCCAUAUAAUUAAAGAUUUUUAAGAUUUUAUCUACUUAACACGUUCAUUUUUAAGGAAUUAAUCAGUCAAAUUUUACAUUCCUUUUCAAGAUAUAAAAUAAAUAAAAAUAGAAACCGAAUUUUUAUGCACUACACACCAUUUAUUAAUACCAUAAUACAUUAAAUACAUCGUACACUUCAAUUCACAUUUUAUACACUAACCAAAUUUUCUCCUUUUGUGGUUGCUUUCUACAAUAGUUAUGUAUUAUCAUUUGAAAGUACAAAUAUCCUACCAUGUUGCAGUCUCCAAAUUGGAUCUUUAAAAGAUAGAAUGACUUCUGACAAUAGAGACAAGUCACCUUCUGAAGCUUAUUGAAGCUUUUGCUUUGGCAUCAUCGUCUUCUUCAGGCAGCUUCACUGCAGUGUAAGUACCUGCACCGGCUAGAGCUCCAAGUACGGGAGCUAUCAGAUAAACCCAUAUAGCUUUGUAGUUGUUUGCUGCAAUAGCAGGACCUAAUGUUCUUACUGGGUUCAUUGAGCCGCCUGAUACUGGCCUGGUUAAGCAUUUAAACAAAUUUCACUUUUUAGGGACAAUUUUAUGCAAUUUUACUUUGUGAUU